AUGGUCUCUGUUCGCAUCGCCACUUGCCUCGCGGCCUUUGCUGCUGCCGUCAGCGCCGCUCCUGUCCUCCCUGCCGAGAACGCUCUGACCUACGAGACCCUCAACGUGACCGACACCGCUGACCGCACUCUCCGCAAUGGAGAGCGUGUCGUCUUUGGCAACGGACGCACCACCGUCGUCUCCGAGGCCACCUACAAGCUUCUCCUGAAGCUCGAGGGCGUGUCUGCCGAGACCCCCGAGAUCGACUGGGACUACAUCAAGUCCGGCGAGAAGUUCGCCGGCAACUACCGCAACGGGACAAGCCUGGACAAGCGCGACUGCAGCAACGACAUCUCGUACACCGUCGACACCAAGCAGCGGUUCGUCGACUGGGACGUGCAGAUGUCGCCCGUCAUCAUCGGCGCCGGAAACCACGGAAUCGACAUCACCAUCUCCAAGUCGUGGACCGUCUCCAACGGCAUCACCGUCAGCGGCGGCUUCGACCCCAGCUCCCUCUACUCGAAGCUCGGUGCUUCGUUUGGCGUCGACUACUCGCGCGUCUGGACUACUUCUCAGGGCUACCUGGUCCGCGCCACCGUCGAUGACGGCCAGACUGGUGUUGUUAUCACCGAGCCUUGGGUCAACCGCAAGUACGGCCGUACCUUCCAAGGCUGCCCCGGCAGCCUCCGCCAGGUCGGCACCUUCAUGGCCGACUCUCACGAGGACGGUUCCUACGAGGGUGUCAGCUGGGUUAGUGGUGCUAUCACCGGCUGCAUCAAGAGCCAGAGCUCCAUUCCCCUCACCCGCUGCCACGGAUCGGGCGCCUUCAGGUAA